CAACCACAAACCAAACCAAACCAAACCAUUUCAUUCCAAUUCUCCACACUCAAACUGUACCAAACACACAGAAACACAAACUAACUCCAAUUCUCAUCCUCCUUGCAACUUGCACUCCCAGUGGUCUCUCUCUUGAGAAGAGACCUCUGUUGGAUGCUAGCUGUGUUACCUUCCUUCACUUCAGCCGAGUGAUUUUAAGCACUUUCCUUCUCCUUUGGCUAGUCAUGUCAUCAGCACCUAUGACCAACAACAACAACAACAAGGUUCAAAGCCAAGGCCUAUCAUCUUUUUCUUCUUCUUCUUCUUCCUAUGUGAGAAUAGAGGAAGAGAUCAUGAAGCAAGGCAUCAUCACCAUAUUGAACACAAACACACCUUCUUCUCUGAGAAGAACUCUCUCCGCAGACAUGUCCUCAAAGAACUACUGGCUCUCUCAGAACAUUGCUCCCUCAGAAGAACAAGACUUGCAUGCAAAAACCAUUGCUCCCUCAGAAGAAGAUGAAGAGGCCAACAACAACAACAAGGAGCUUGAAGAAGAAGAUGAAGCUGAAAGAGAGAGGCUUGAGAUUUGGAGCUCCAUCCAGCGGAACAAGAAGGAGGAGCAAGAGAAAUCAGGAGCCUUUGACACGUGGAGUUCAAUCAUGUCCCUCAAGGGCAAAGAUGAAAUCUCCAAAUCAAUGCCUAUUACACCUUAUGUUCACCCUCUUGUCAAAAGGUCAAAGAGUUGUUUGAGUGAGAAGAGUCUCGAAAUCUGCACUGAGAGUCUCGGUUCUGAGACUGGCUCUGAUGCCUUGUUGUUCUCUUCUUACUCUUCCUCUUCUGAGACAGGGGAUGCUGAUGCAGAGCAACAACAACAACAAGAGAAAGAACAAGUAAAAGAAGAAGAAGAAGAAGGAGAAGAAGAGUUAUGCAAUUAUGCUUCAGUGGUGGCUACAAAGAAGGCUUCGGCUUCGGCUUCACCACCACGCGCUUUCCCUCCACCACUUCCUUCACUCUCUCAUCACCAAGCAAGUUCUUCAGUAACUCACAUGCGUUCCCACCGUGACAAUGGAAGGUUGGUUCUCGAAGCUGUUUCUGUUCCUUCUCACAACAAUUUCAGCAUUCAGCGCCAAGAUGGUCGCCUUGUCCUCACUUUCUCCAAUCACCAAGAAGAAGAAGAAGAAGAUAAUGAUGAUCAUGUGGAGGAGUUGGAAGAAGAGUGCUUUGGAGGGUUUGAGUUUGGAGAAGAUGAGGAGGAUUAUUAUGACGAGGAAGACGAGUUUGAAGACGACGACGCAGAGGAAGAGGAAUACUUUUUCGGUGCGAAGCACCCACAAGUAUCCUCUACUGAAGGCAAUUCUGUUCUGAUGAGUUACGAGAGUGUGUCAGAGAAAGUGCCGCUAUUACCUACUGGGGUGACAAGUAGUGUUCAUGAGUUGGCUUUGAUGAUGAAUAAUAAUGAUAAUAAUAAGAAUAAGUCAAUUGGGAUAGUGAACAGGAAUCCAAAGUGGUCGGAUAAGUUCAAUGAGAUGACCAACUUCGAUGAUGUUAAUGUGGCAGCACAAUCAUCACUGCCUCCAAGGCCAAGGGUGGCAAGGUUGAUUCCAUCAGCACCUGCUGCAGCUUCUUUCAAUUUCAAUGCUUAUGAGUACUAUUGGAGGACCAAGUCUGCAUCACCAAAAGGUACAAGUAGUGUUAACCUUAACCAACUUGACCAAGAGAAACUGAAGAGCAAGGUUGUUGUGUCUGGGGGCAUGAAUAACAACAAGGUGGUCUCAAGGGAGCAACAGCAGUUGCUAGUUCUGAGAGGGAAGAAUGGUGAUUACUUGGUUCACAAUUUGAAGAGUUGCAAGGAUUCUAGAAGGUCGUUUCUGUUCUGGGAACCCUAUUGCAUUGCCACCUCCUGAAUCAGUCACAAAACAAUAACAACAACAACUAAUCCAAAAACCACUGCUCAAAAACACUAUUUAUUACUCCAUCAUCCUUUUUAUCUCUACCUAGUUCCACUCUUUCAUGGAGUUGUUUAGUGUUGUAGUCAAAUAAAGGAGAAAAGGGAGUGGGAAAAGUGAUAGUGAGAGAGAAGAGAAGAGAAUACUUCAUUUGUAUCGUAAGAUCAGAAAAAAUGACUUUAAAAGUAUUGUCAUAUAUACUACUCCUACUACUAUUUAUCUGUUGUA